GGUGGAUCGUAUGGAUUCAUAACGACUUGCGGCUUCACCUCUUGUUUUGGAAGCUAACAACUUAGAUCGUGUGAAGCUUGCUCGCAUUGGUCCUUCUGGGUUUUUGUCACUUAAUUUAGUGGUUAUCUUGUAUAUGUUAUUGUUGUUUAGUUUUUCGCUAUAAGAUCUUAUUGCCAAAAAAAAAUAAUAAUAAAAUAAAAUAAAUAAUAAAAUUGAUUAACGCAUCACAUACCAUACAAAUUUCAAAGUUUCUUUUGGCUUCGAGUUAACUUUGGUUGUUCUCGUCAAAAAAAAAAAAAAAAAACUUUGGUUGUUCUUAAAUUCUCCCACUCUAUCUUUCAAAAAAAAAAAAAAAAAAAAAAAAAAGAAAGAAAAAUUCUCCCACUCUAAAGUCUAAACUCUUACGGCAUUUAAAUUCAUGCAAUUUGAUUGUUAACUUAUUAAUUAAACUCCUAAUGAAUCGAAUUCGUUCAUCUUUUACAACCUCAAGAAUUCUUCUUUCAAAUUACUGCACUAAAUCUGCACUAACUCCUUCAUCUUCAACCCCAUUCAAUCCUCCAACUGUUCCUCCCUCAAAACCCAGCUUAAACCCCCUUUACAAAUUCCUACCAGAAACUCAAAACCCUAAUAAUUUAGUCAAUCUCAUUUGCUCUGCUCUCAAACAACCCAAUUUUGAAACUACCCUUCUCACAAAUCAAUUGCAGGACCUCAUUCCUCAUUUGGGUACCCAAGAAAUUUCAAGGGUUUUGCUUAGAUGUCAAUGUGAGUCUCAAUCUGCUCUUAUUUUCUUUAAUUGGGUAAAAAAUGAUCUGGGUAUUAAGCCAAAUUGUCAUAAUUAUUGUAUUAUUGUUCAUAUUUUGGUUUGGUCUCGGAAAUUUGUACAUGGAAUGAAGUUACUGUCUGAAUUGAUUCGAUUCGAGUCUGAUGAUGGUGAAAUAAUUGACAUUUUUAAGUGUUUGGUUUCAUGUUCUGAGGAUUGUAAUUGGGACCCUGUUGUGUUUGAUAUGCUUAUUAAGGCUUAUGUGAAAGAUGGUUUGAUUAAGGAAGGUUAUAGGGUGUUUAGGAAGAUGGUUAAGUUAGGUUAUGUGCCUCAUGUUUUGGCUUUUAAUUGCUUGUUAAGUGGACUUUCGAAGGUGGAUUGUGUUGAUGAAUGUUGGAAACUUUACAAAGAGAUGUGGAGGAUUGGUAUUAACCCGAAUACGUGUACGUUUAAUAUUUUUACUCAUGUGAUGUGCAAGGACCGAAAUGUGGACAAGGUAAAUGAGUUCUUGGAAAAGAUGGAGGAAGAAGGAUUUGUGCCUGACCUUGUGACUUAUAAUACACUUAUUGGUGGUUAUUGCAAAGGUCGUAGGUUGGAUGACGCGUUUUAUCUGUAUAAGAUAAUGUAUAGGAGGGGUGUGGCUCCUGAUAUAGUUACCUACACUUCGUUGAUGAAUGGACUCUGUAAGAUUGGAAAGUUGAAGGAAGCUCAUGAGGUCUUCCAUAGAAUGGUUGAUAGAGGAUUGACUCCGGAUAUUAUGUCGUAUAAUUCCCUUAUCCAUGGUUACUGCAAAGAAGGAAGGAUGAAAAAUUCAAGGCUCUUGCUUCAUGAUAUGAUUGGAAAGGGGAUUCUACCAGAUGCUUUCACCUGUCAGAUUCUUGUUGAAGGAUUUGUGAAAGCUGGUAGCUUGCAUUCGUGUUUAAAUAUGGUUGUUGAGCUUAAAAGGUUUGGAGUUGCAAUUUCUUGUGAUAUCUACAAGUACUUGGUCAUCUCUUUGUGUCAGAAGAAUCAUCCAUUUGCAGCUGUUAAACUUUUGGAUAGAAUGUUGGAAGACGGUCAUGAGUCAGAUGGGGAGAUAUAUGAUAAAUUGAUUAAAUCGUUCUGUGAUAGUGAUCUCUUAGAAGAAGCAUUGGUGCAUAAAAAUAAGAUGCUGGAAAGGAAGGUCAAUCCAUGUUUAGCCAUGUAUAAAAAUCUAAUAAGCUGCUUGUGCAGAUUGAGAAGAUGCUUGGAGGCAGAAGUUCUAUUGCAAGAAAUGGAUUUAUAUGAUCUUAAACCUGACAAUGAUAUCUGCAGGGCUUUGGUGUAUGCAUAUUGUACAGAAAAUAAUUCUGAUAAAGCUGAAUCCUUGCUUCUUUCACUUGCUAUGAAGUAUCAGCUUUACGAUACAGAUAGUUAUAAUUCGCUUCUUAAGACUAGGAGUGAGGAAAGCAGCGCUGCUGAAUUGAUGGAAUUACAGGAUAAAAUGUUGAAAUUGGGCUUUGCACCCAAUGGUUUAACUUGCAAGUAUGUGCUUCAAGGACUGCAGAAUGCUGUUAUGAAGGACAAGGACAGCCUUCAAGCCUGCUGUCAGUAACAGUAGAUGAAAAUUAUGAAGAAGUCUGUGUGUGCGCUUGGUUUAAGCAUCUUAAACUUAACAAAAAUCCUAUUAUUUCAUCAUGUCCUUUGAAUGAUGGAUGCUGAUGGGAAAUCUGAAGGUUGAUAUUAUUGAUUAACUUAUCUUGAAGAUUCCGAAUUCUGAGACCACAAGGACUUAAUUUGAUGAUAUUUGGAGCAUAUUAUAUUUCUUCUCAAACAUAAAAGGACAUGGAUUGCGUUAUGGCUGUUUAAUUAUGGGAAUAUGCCCAGGGAUCAGUUCACCACCGUAAAGGGAACAUCUGUUGGUUGCGUAAGCAAUCUGGGAAUGUUUGAUUGAAGGUGUUGCUUUCCUGAGAGUGAACUCUAACUGAGUAUGAUGCCUGAGGAACUCCGCCUGAAGAGGAAGAAUGUUUUAGAAUGCGACUUUGUGAUAAGCAUGCACACUUAACUACAGUUUUGUGGUGUUGGAAAUUGUUUCUAGAAGAACACCAGAGAUCAUAGCUGCUGGUACCUGAGUGAGUUCUACAUGCGAAAAGAAAUAUUUAUUGAUCUGUAUCAUGUGCAAGAGCUAGCACCUUGCUUCCUAAAGACGCGCACCCUCACCUUGUGCCUUGGUGCACCUCAUGGCUCUUAAAACUAAGGCUGCACGUUCAGAAAUCGUUAUUGAGUCUUGUGAGUUUUGAAAUAAGUAUGUUUAAUACAAGUAAUAAUUUGUUUAAUACUCUGACUAAGUCAUGUAUUGGACGGUAUCACAAUUGCUGUGAGAGUGGAGUGACUUAAUGACACACUUAUCUGUUUUUGACCUUCUUAAUAAACAAAUUAAAUUCAAUUUGUUUUACUUAUAUGUUUAACUUGAUGAUAUACGUAUAAUCCAACUUAAUUUGUUUGGU